AUGUCACGAUGGCUGUGGCCAUGGUCGAACUGUGUGAAAGAGAGGGUCUGCCGCUACUUGCUGCACCACUACUUGGGUCACUUCUUCCAGGAGCACCUCAGCCUGGACCAGCUCAGCCUCGAUCUGUACAAGGGCAGCGUUGCCCUGCGGGAUAUCCAUCUGGAGAUCUGGUCUGUAAACGAGGUGCUGGAAUCGAUUGAGUCACCACUUGUGCUGGUGGAAGGCUUUGUGGGCUCCAUCGAGGUUGCUGUGCCCUGGGCUGCGCUACUCACCGACCACUGCACUGUGCACGUGUCAGGCCUCCAGCUUACCCUGCAGCCCCGCCAGGGCCCAGGGCCAGGGGCUGCUGACUCACAGAGCUGGGCCUCAUGCAUGACCACAAGCCUGCAGUUGGCCCAAGAGUGUCUGAGGGAUGGGCUGCCUGAGCCCUCCGAACCUCCACAGCCCCUGGAAGGGCUGGAGAUGUUCGCGCAGACCAUCGAGACUGUGCUACGGAGGAUCAAGGUGACCUUCCUGGAUACUGUAGUGAGGGUGGAGCACUCGCCUGGUGAUGGGGAGCAUGGCGUGGCAGUGGAGGUCCACGUGCAGAGACUGGAGUACUGUGAUGAGUCAGUGCGGGACCCAAGCCAGGCACCACCGGUGGACGUGCAUCAGCCACCUGCCUUCCUGCACAAACUGCUGCAGCUGGCAGGGGUCCACCUGCACUUUGAGGAGCUCCCCCAACAGGAAGAAUCUCCGGAGUCCCCCUUGCAGAUUGGCAGCUGCUCAGGAUACAUGGAACUAAUGGUGAAGUUGAAGCAGAAUGAGGCCUUCCCAGGCCCCAAGUUGGAGGUGGCAGGACAGCUGGGCUCCCUGCACCUGCUCUUGACCCCACGGCAGCUCCAGCAGCUUCAAGAACUACUCAGCGCCAUGAGUCUUACAGAACCCGAGGGCUUGGCUGACAAGCUGAACAAGAGCCGCCCGCUAGGUGCUGAAGACCUGUGGCUGAUAGAGCAGGACCUGAACCAGCAGCUGCAAGCAGGGGCUGUGGCUGAGCCCCUGAGCCUGGACCCCCUUAACAACCCUCUUCUCAACCUGGACAGCACUGACCUCUACUUCUCCAUGGCUGGCCUCACAAGCAGUGUGGCCUCAGCCCUCUCUGAGCUCUCCUUCUCCGACGUAGACCUGGGCUCUUCUAUGCACAGUGACAUGGCCUCCCGCCGGCUCUCUGCCCAGGCCCACCCAGCUGGCAAGAUGGCCCCCACACCCCUCCCGGACACCAUGCGCCCUGACACGCUGCUGAAGAUGACGUUGGGGGGCGUGACCCUGACCUUGCUUCAGACGUCUGCCCCAUCUUCCGGACCAUCUGACCUCGCCACCCACUUUUUUGCUGAGUUUGAUGCCACCAAGGAUGGGCCCUUCGGUUCUCGCGACUUCCAUCACCUUCGGCCACGCUUCCAGAGGGCCUGUCCCUGUAGCCAUGUCCGGCUAACGGGCACAGCUGUGCAGCUGGCCUGGGAGCUGCGGACUGGCAGUAGGGGUCGGCGGACAACCGCCACAGAAGUGCACUUUGGGCAGCUUGAGGUGCUGGAGUGUCUGUGGCCCAGUGGCACUUCGGAGCCUGAGUACACGGAGAUCCUGAGUUUCCCCUGUAACCUGGGCUCCCAGGUCUCAGCUCGGCCCUGUGCCCACCUGCGCCACACACAGACCCUGCGCCGUGUGCCCAAGAGCCGGCCCCGGCGCUCAGUUGCCCGCCAUUGCCACUCUGAACUGGCCCUGGACCUCGCCGACUUCCAGGCAGAUGUGGAGCUGGGGGCCCUGGACCGGCUUGCUGCGCUGCUGCACCUAGCCACCACACCCCCCGAGCCACCUAGCAGCCUGCUGACAGAGCCCCCACCAGCAACUGAGCAGCAGAUGGUGUUUCGGCUCUCAGCACCCCGGGCCACACUGCAUUUGCGCUUCCCCAUUGCUGACCUGCGGCCCGAGCGGGACCCCUGGGCGGGUGGGGCUGUGCGGGCUGAGCAGCUGCGGCUGGAGCUGAGUGAGCCCCAGUUCCGGUCAGAGCUUAGCAGUGGGCCUGGCCCCCCAACCCCCACCCGCCUGGAACUCACCUGCUCCGAUCUGCAUGGUAUCUAUGAAGAUGGAGAGAAGCCACCUGUCCCCUGCCUGCGUGUCUCUAAAGCCCUCGAUCCCAAGAGCACUGAGCACAAGUACUUCCUGCCUCAGGUAGUGGUGACCCUGAACCCCCAGUCCAGCAGCACACAGUGGGAGGUGGCCCCGGAGAAGGGAGAGGAGCUGGAGAUGUCGGCUGAGAGUCCGUGCGAGCUGCGGGAGCCUGAGCCCUCACCCUUCUCUUCCAAGAGGACCAUGUAUGAGACGGAGGAGAUGGUGAUCCCUGGAGACCCUGAGGAGAUGAGGACGUUCCAGAGCCGGACCCUGGCACUAUCUCGCUGCAGCCUGGAAGUGAUUCUGCCUAGUGCCCACGUCUUCCUGCCCAGCAAGGAGGUCUACGAGAGUAUCUACAACAGGAUCAACAAUGACCUGCUUAUGUGGGAGCCUGCGGACCUGCUUCCCACCCCUGACCCCACCACUCAUCCCCCUGGCUUCCCGGGCCCCUCGGGCUUCUGGCACGACAACUUCAAGAUGUGCAAAUCGGCCUUCAAGCUGGACUCAGAGUCGGAUGACGAGGACACCCACUUCUUCUCAGUGGGGACAUCGGGGGCCCCCCAACCCCCUGCUCCUGAGCCCCCAAGCACUCACUCCCAGAGUACCUUCUCUACGCUGGUGACAGUGCUGAAGGGUCGUAUCACAGCCCUCUGUGAGACCAAGGAUGAGGGUGGGAGGCGGCUGGAGGCUGCGCACGGGGAGCUGGUGCUAGACAUGGAGCACGGCACCGUCUUCAGUGUCUCCCAGUACCACGGCCAGCCGGGACUCGGCUACUUCUGCCUGGAAGCCGAAAAGGCAACACUCUACCACCGAGCGGCUGUGGAUGACUACGUGCUGCCCAGUCACCUGGAGCUGCCCAGCUUUGUUCCCCCGGCCCAGCUGGCUGCAACCAUCUACCCAUCAGAGGAAGGGGUGACUGAGCGGGGAGCCUCAAGCCACAGGAGCCAAGGCCAGGGCCCCCAAAUGCUGUCCACUGCUGUGCGCAUCCACCUGGACCCCCACAAGAAUGUCAAGGAGUUCCUGGUGACACUGCGGCUGCACAAAGCCACCCUGCGCCAUUACAUGGCCCUGCCUGAACAGAGCUGGCACUCCCAGCUGUUGGAGUUCUUAGACGUGCUGGAUGACCCUGUGCUGGGAUACCUGCCCCCAACGGUCAUCACCGUCCUACACACACACCUGUUCUCCUGCGCUGUGGACUACAGGCCACUCUAUCUCCCUGUGCGCGUCCUCGUCACUGCUGAGACCUUCACCCUCUCCAGCAACAUCAUCAUGGACACCUCCACCUUCCUGCUCAGGUUUAUCCUCGACGACUCUGCCUUGUACCUAUCUGACAAGUGUGAGGUGGAGACCCUGGAUCUGCGGCGAGAUUAUGUCUGUGUCUUGGACGUUGACCUCCUGGAGCUUGUGAUCAAAACCUGGAAAGGGAGCACUGAGGGUAAACUGAGCCAGCCGCUGUUCGAGCUGCGCUGCUCCAACAACGUGGUGCACGUGCACAGCUGUGCCGAUUCCUGUGCCCUGCUGGGAACAAAACUCCCCCUUCGUGCGGGCGACCUGCACCCCCCACCCCGGCCCCCCAGCCCCACGGAGAUCGCCGGCCAGAAGGUACAGCUCUCCGAGAGCCCUGCCUCCCUACCCUCAUGCCCCCCAGUGGAGACAGCCCUCAUCAACCAGCGGGACCUGGCCGACGCCUUGCUGGACACGGAGCGCAGCCUGCGGGAGCUGGCCCAGCCUUCAGGUGGCCCCCUCCCUCCAGCCUCGCCCGUCUCAGUCUACUUAUUCCCAGGUGAACGAAGUGGGACCCAGCCCACCUCGCCCCCUGCUGGGGGCCCCUCUGGCCCCUUAGGGUCCCACUCAGAGAUGAAGGAAGAUGAGAAAGAAGAGGAGGGUGAUGGAGACACUCUGGAUAGUGACGAGUUCUGCAUCCUUGACGCUCCUGGCUUGGGCAUCCCGCCCCGAGAUGGGGAGCCCGUGGUGACACAGCUGCACCCAGGCCCCAUCACCGUGCGGGAUGGGCACUUCUCCCGGCCGCUGGGCAGCACGGACCUGCUGCGGGCGCCCGCCCACUUCCCAGUGCCCAGCAGUCGUGUGGUGCUACGUGAAGUCUCCCUCGUCUGGCACCUGUACGGUGGCCGAGACUUUGGCCCCCACCCUGGCCACAGGGCAAGAGUUGGCCUCCUGGGCCCCAGGGGCUCCCCUUCCCGCUGCUCUGGCCCCAACCGGCCCCAGAACUCAUGGCGUACACAGGGGGGCAGUGGGCGGCAGCACCAUGUCCUCAUGGAGAUCCAGCUCAGCAAGGUAAGCUUCCAGCAUGAGAUGUACCCAACAGAGCCAGCCGCAGGUCCUGCAGCCCCCGGCCAAGAGCUGGAGGAACGGCCGCUGUCCCGCCAGGUGUUCAUUGUGCAGGAGCUUGAGGUCCGGGACAGGCUCGCCUCCUCCCAGAUCAACAAGUUCCUGUACCUGCACACGAGCGAACGGAUGCCGCGGCGUGCGCACUCCAACAUGCUCACCAUCAAAGCGCUGCACGUGGCUCCUACCACCAGCCUGGCCGGGCCUGAGUGCUGUCUCCGUGUCUCACUGAUGCCUCUGCGGCUCAAUGUGGACCAGGAUGCCCUCUUCUUCCUCAAGGACUUUUUCACCAGCCUAGCGGCUGGCAUCAACCCCGUGGUCCCAGGGGAGACUUCUGCUGAGGCUCGCCCCAAGACCCGAGUCCAGCCCAGCAGCGCCCAGGAAGAGCAGCCUGAGGUCACAGAGACCGCUGGCUGGCAGGAGGCGCCAGGCGGUGGACACAGCUCCUCCUCUGAGCAGCAGCCCAUCUACUUCAGGGAGUUCCGCUUCACGUCUGAGGUACCCAUCUGGCUGGAUUAUCACGGCAAGCACGUCACCAUGCACCAGGUGGGCACUUUCGCUGGCCUCCUCAUUGGCCUGGCCCAGCUCAACUGCUCCGAGCUGAAGCUAAAGCGGCUGUGUUGCCGGCACGGGCUCCUGGGUGUGGACAAGGUGCUGGGCUAUGCUCUCAAUGAGUGGCUGCAGGACAUCCGCAAGAAUCAGCUGCCCGGCCUGCUGGGAGGCGUGGGCCCCAUGCACUCGGUUGUGCAGCUCUUCCAAGGGUUCCGGGACCUGCUGUGGCUGCCCAUCGAGCAGUACAGGAAGGACGGGCGCCUCAUGCGGGGGCUGCAGCGAGGCGCCGCCUCCUUCGGCUCAUCCACUGCCUCUGCUGCCCUGGAACUUAGCAACCGGCUGGUGCAGGCGAUCCAGGCCACAGCCGAGACGGUCUAUGACAUCCUGUCCCCAGCAGCGCCCGUCUCCCGCUCCCUGCAGGACAAGCGCUCCGCGCGGAAGCUGCGCAAGGGCCAGCAGCCCGCUGACCUCCGGGAGGGUGUGGCCAAGGCCUAUGACACGGUUCGAGAGGGCAUCCUGGACACAGCUCAGACCAUCUGUGAUGUGGCAUCUCGGGGCCAUGAGCAGAAGGGGCUGACAGGCGCUGUGGGGGGUGUGAUCCGCCAGCUGCCCCCAACAGUGGUGAAGCCACUCAUCCUAGCCACAGAAGCCACAUCCAACCUGCUUGGGGGCAUGCGCAACCAGAUCCUCCCCGAUGCCCACAAGGACCAUGCUCUCAAGUGGCGCUCAGAGGAGGCCCAGGACUGAGCACAGGGCACCCAGGACCCAAGGAGGCGCUGCCCACCGUGCCCCAGUCAGCCCCCAUGGUGCCACAGGCUCCCAAGCCUCCCAAGAGUUGCAACCCACAGC